CUACACAUAUACUUUUCAAAUCUAGGACUGUGUUGACAGUCGUAUUUAAAAAAAUGCUGUUUACUACUGGACUGAAUUGUCCGUUCAACAAGGAUCAGCUUGUAGCAGGCUAGUACUACUAGCGAGCUAGCGUGACCAAACUGCACUGCAGGUUAGACGUUUAUCUGACGUUUAUUAAAAUCCUGCAUUUUAAGAUGAUUUUUAAUUUAUCUAACAAAACAAAGAGCUUGUGGACAAAUGCAUUGGCUCACGUAUACAUAUUGUCAUGAAGAACGACAAAGAAAUUGUAGGAACUUUAUUGGGUUUCGAUGAUUUCGUCAACAUGGUGUUGGAGGAUGUGACAGAAUUUGAAAUCACACCAGAAGGGAGAAGAAUAACAAAACUGGACCAGAUCCUGCUCAAUGGCAACAACAUUACCAUGCUCAUACCUGGAGGCGAAGGACCUGAAGUAUGACAUGAGAAUCAGUGAAGAGCUGAAAACAUGUUUUUGUUGUUGCAGUGGAUGUUAACUUGCCUUCUUAUCCUAAUAUUCUGUUGGUAAUUUGUUUGUUCUUUUUCAGUCUUUAGGUUUUGAGAAAAUAUUUUUUUGUAAGAACAGAUUUAUGAUUGGUGUGACAAUGGUUUUGACCAUAAAUUAUGAAAAUGUGUUAAGUCAACCUUUUGUUAUAAUUAAAUUCCAAAAUGACACACAGUA